AUGCCUGAAAUAACAUGUCCUUCCUGCGAUAAAAAGCUUGCGUCAAUCACCGGUUAUAGUCAGCAUCUCGCAAAAACCACCAAUCCUGCCUGUCGUACCCUCUACCUUUCCUCACGGCGAUUCGCUCCAGACCCAGCAAAUGAUGUAGAUAUAGAUGCACCUGAUCCAAAUCAUCCGCUACAUUUUGAAGGUGAUUUUUUUGGAAUGUACGCCGAGGAUGAGCUUGCAUGGCCAGGGUCAGAUGACGAGGGGGAUGUUGGUCAAGCGCCUAUGGAUGAAGAUGACUCAGAUAAUGACAUCAACGAUCAUGAUGAAUGGGAGCCUCCUGCAGCACUGGCACCCCCAAGUCAUUCUAUGGAGCAUCAUGACACUAACAAUCAUGACAGAUGGGAACCUCCUGUAGUGCCAGCAUCUGUGCACAAUGAUGCCUUACACCCACCUACCGCAGAUCAAGGCCAAGAUGCUUUUCAUAUGGCGCAGCGGCGACUUCUUGAACAUGAACAAGUACCUAUAGUUGUCCGUUACCCUGAUCAACGAGCUGGACAGCCCAUUGACUCAGCCAUCAAGCAGCCAAGCAAUAUAACCUACCAUGCACAGCUUAAUGGCUCGAGUGCAGAUAAUAUCUAUGCCCCAUUCACCUCGAAGCUUGAUUGGGAGAUGGCUCAAUGGGCAAAAUUACGAGGUUCAAGCUCAACUGCGUUCUCAGAACUUGUUUCUAUUGAAGGUCUUAGCAAAAAGAUUGGUCUUUCCUUCAUGAAUACAUGGGAACUGAACAAGAUUAUCGACAAUGAACUUCCAGGCCAUCCAAAAUUCAAACACGAUCAGAUUGUCGUUGCUAAUGAAGUGUUUGAUGUCUACUAUCGCGAUAUCAUUGAAUGCAUCAAGGCUCUUUUCAGUGAUCCAAGUUUUGCUGACUUUCUGGUCUUUGUGCCUGAACACCAUUAUGCCGACGAAGAUGAGAUGAUUCGUUUAUAUCAUGAGAUGCAUACUGGAAAAUGGUGGUGGAAUAGUCAGAAACACUUAGAUCGUGAGCACCCUGGUGCUACAAUAAUUCCCAUCAUCAUUUCAUCAGACAAGACUCAAGUUAUGAUGUUUCGCAACAAGACAGCGUACCCCGUCUACAUGACUAUUGGAAACAUCCCAAAGGAUAUUCGUUGGAAACCGUCACACCAGGCACAUGUCCUCCUCGCAUACCUUCCGACUACACAGCAAGACAGUUGGAUGCACCUGGGGUUAACCUACAAUAGUUGUAAAUAG